CUGGAACGUUUGGUCGAAUGAGACUCGAACGAUAUCCAUCCUUUUUUAUUCUGCCACACAUCGGCCAGACCCCUGCGGCCGUGACCCCACUUCCCUCAUUCCUGCACCUUGAAGAAUUGCUUGCACAGGAGUUUUAAUAUUAUGUUGGGGAAGCCGGCUGCAGUUGCUUGAGACUUCGGGGUUUGAAUCCUGUUCCUUUGCUAAAGCCAACCGCCCUUUCUUCCCCACUACUUCAAUACGACAACAUCCGAAGACGAAAACCAUCCCACACAACUUGACUGUCUCGUUACUCUUGCCUCAGCCUCCACCUACACUUUAGCCUCGUCAAAUUUCCGUGAAUUGCGAACACUUCUAUCUUUUAUGGGAUCGAUUUGACUUGAUCAAUCUACCCUCAUGCUCAUCCAAACACUUCAACCGCUCAGAUCUCUUUCACGCGGCGACGAAGUGGACUCGCAAGACACUCAAAGCGAUUCUACAAUGAGCCUGAGUGCUAUUCUCGAUAGCCCGAGCCAAAGUUCUCUGUGUAAAAACAAUCCGAUGGACAUCCGUGCUAUGCUGAACCCCUCGGCGGGCGAGUCGGAAGUAUCCUGUCACAAAAUCGAGAAGCAGACCCGAUCCGACCAAUUUUCCAUCGACUCUCCUCAAAGCGAAAGAGGAGUACAACAGUUCUAUUUCCCAUCCAUGGAGUUGGAGCCAGCUGUGCCAGGCCAUCAUCAAUUCCCACUUGCCUAUCAUCUGCGCGCUGGCAAUCCGUCUCCUCCGCAGUCUCCCCAAUCUGAGUGCUACCAACAACAUGCCUUCACCCCUACAUUAUAUCACGGCUACCCAACACCACCUCCGUCUAGUCCGCAACACCGUGGUCUCAAUCAACCUGAACGCCGGAGCAACUAUAUGACUGGGCCACAAGGUCCCCACCACCUGAGCUGGGAACACGCUGGAUCCCUCUCCCCAAGACAACGCUGUGAUGAAGAACGAGCGCGAGAUGCUUACUGGAACACUCCCGUUCAUGUGCACAAUAUCCACAUCUCCCACCCGUCCUCCUACCACUCCCACCAGAGUGUCACGACAUCCUCUCGGCGAGCCAACAGCCGCGUCACUAAACCAUCAAAGCGCAAUCGCCCUGGGCCUCAUUCGAACAAACCCUACACAGGUGAACAGGUCCACUGGAUGCGAUAUCAUCGCCAAGACUUGGGACUCUUCUGGCCUCAAGUACACGCUCUUUUCUACGAACAAUUCCCGGGCGAGGUGCGCGAGAGCGUAGCGUGUAUCACCAGUCGUUACUACCGAAGCAACCUCUUGCCCAAGCUUGGUGAGAACGGUGAGCCGAUGUUGGAUAGAAAUGGCAAAUUCGUGAUGGAAGCUGCGAAGGUGCGGGAGAGGGCUACAGAGGAGGGAAAGCACAAGCCGUUUCUGUUUGUGGAUGUGCAUCCUGAUUGGGCGCUGGUUUAUGACUGGGUGACGGCAGAUGAUAAGAGGAAGGCGAUGAGAGUUCUGCAAGAGCUUGAUGGUAAACUUCAGCAGCGGAACGGGGACAAGUCUGAAAAAUGGAAGAAUUAUCAGCGCGCUCUGAGGACGAUCGAUGGCCAGAGCCAGGAACUGGCCAUGCGGCUUGCACAAGUCCAAGGAAGGGCCUCAUUUAUAUCCUCAAAAUUGUGAUUUAUGUUUGUUGGGGUGGGUUGUUUGAUGGGUAUAAUUGAUGCUGGCGGCGGUCGGUGGUUUGAGAUUCAUUGUGUUGAGAUACCCAUCUUGUCUUGUAAAUGUCUGCAGCUAUGCACUUUGGCGCUGGAUUUUGGCUUUGGAGGCUGCACAAGGGGCUUUGAGAUUGGGAUUUUUUGUAUGUUGGAUUUGUACCAGAGAGUUUAUUGGACGAUAAUGACAUAUCUUGAGUCUGCAAUUCCUCGACCGACCGC